CCCUUCACUCCAGAGCUGAGUUGACUCGAGACCGUAGGUCGCGUCUGGGAGAGGAGGGAGAGAGGGCUUCCCCGAAUGGAUUGACACAAGAAGGAUUUACGCUUUAAAUUGUGUUUUAUUCAGUAUGGCUAUAUACGUGUUUGAUAAAAACAGUAUUGGUAGAUUGUGUCAAUGUAUCAGCGUUGUAAAGAAGAGCUACUAACCAGCCAUAUUUUCCGAGUGAAACCAAUACAAUGAUCGUCAGUGUCUAUCAGGAGUGGAAUAUUAUUAGCAAUUCAGACAGUGCAACUGUCUCUCUGGUCCUUGCACAGCUUUUCAACAUGGUGGGAAAAUAACUCAGCAUUUGGGUGUCGGUGUAAGCCAGUAAUCCCACUCUCAAAAAAAUUAAGGAAGAGAGAAAAAAAAGCUGAAGUUGGAGCACAGCUGAGAACAACCAUUCACCUGGUUCCCAUGCCGACUGCCCCAUCUCUGCCCUCUCACAUCCUCCACUAUGCCUCCUACUCCGAAACCUCCUAAGAGACAACCCCCACCACAGACAAGGAAUGGCUGCAAGGUGAUACCCACAACAACAACCACCACUACCACCACCGCCAAGAGGCAGAUCUCCAACUCCAGCAAGUCCAGAGGAAAAGCCUUUGAGAGCCCACAGUCGACACCAAAACCCCCCCAAAGAUCCACAACCAGGACCCAGGCCCAGCCGGCCAGAAGCCCAGGGAGGAAUGGGCUUGGCAGUCAGGUCCCGGGGGGUUCCCCUGGUAGGGUUAACCAUGCCCCUGUGCAUGUAACAGGAUCAGUGAGGCUAAGGAGCCGGGGUAAUCCUCUGCUACAGCAUGGGGUGGGAGAGGAUCCACCGGGGCGCAGGAUGUCCUUACGGGGCAUGGGGUGCUCCAAGAAGUUUCCUCCCCUGACGAUAAAACCUAGCAGGGGAGGGAAGAAAGCCAGAGGGAGGGGGGCGAGGGGAGCAAGGGGUCAGAGAUGGAGCGAAAGAGGGAUUGAGCAAGGACCUGAGGAGUCUGACCCUGGUAGUAUUGACCCUAGUGUGAUUGACCAAGAGAAGGAGGUAGUCAGCCAUGAUAGAGAGGGCCAACCUCUUAACCUAAGGACUGAACUUGAUGACCCUUCCUGUGUUGACCAGCAGGAACCAGGAGUCGGCCAUGAUGGUAAGGGCAAACUUCUUAACCUGAGGACUGAUGACUCAGCUAGUGAUGACAAACAUGAAGAGUUAGUUGCCCAUAAUGGUGACGCGGUUGGUACUAACCCACAUAAUAAGCCUUUCAGCCAUAGUGGUGAGGGCAACAACUCGGAGCUCAAUGACCCCAUCAGUGUUGACCAACAACAGGAAAAGCUAAUCAAUAACAUUAGUGAGGGCAAUUCAGGGCAAUUCUACCAGAGCCAUGAGCUUGGUGACUCUACCAGUGAUGAGAGGCAGGAAGUGUCAGUCGUCCCUAAAGGUGAAGACAAAGCCAAGAUUAACCUUGGAGCUGAGCAGAUUGAGAUAGAGCAGAGAGAGAGAGAUACUCAUGCAGAGGAGCAGAGAGGAGGGGAGAGGUUGGAGAAGGACGGAAAGGAAGCAGUGGAGAAGGAAGGAGAUGAAGCAAUGGAGGAAGGAGAAAAGACGGAUGAAGAAAAGAAGAAAGCAGAGGAGGAGAGAGUGGAGAUAGUCAAGGUGAAGGAGACUAAGGAAAGAGAGGAGAAAGACGAGAGACUGGAGAAGAGAGAGGUUAUCAGCAGACCUCCAGACACAAGCUCCAGUAUGUCUGUCUCUCAGCACCAAAAGCCACCUCUGCAGGAUGACGUGUUGAUGAUGCAAUCACCUGUCCAUCCCCCAUCUGUCUCUGAACCAGCCACCUCAGACCUGGUGUCACCCCCUCUCUCUCAUCCUCACCCGACCUUUCCACUUCACCCCGCAAUGUCACAUGACAUUAAGGUUUUUAACCAAGGUGCAAAACUAAUCCAACCUACCCAAACUGUUGAAAUCCAUAAACCUUUAAAAGUCCCAACUACUUUCCAUGAGACAUCACAGACGACCUCAGUGCACCCAGUAUCACUAAGUCUCUCAGUUGCCUUCCUCAGUGAACCCCACAAGUCCCUGUGUGUAAUCCCAGCGAACCCAGCACUCAGUCAGAGCCUGGAGAGCCCUGUCUCUCCAGAGGCUAGACAACUUCUCAGACCAGUGGACGAAGAGACCAAAGAGUCAUCCAAUCACCUCAAUGCAAAAUUAUCUUCAUCAUCUGCAUCAUCAUCGUCAGACCUGUACACCAGCGCGGAGGUCCCCAUCACUGUGUCUGUACCUGACCUGGGUCCAUUGUCAAACAACCACAACAAUUACCCAGAAGAACCACCAUCCUCAUCAUCACUCCCAUACACAAAGAAAGACGUUUUCACCACUGGGUCUGAACCAGACAAAGACAUUGUAUCUGUCUCUGAUUGUGACCUAGGUUCUGGUCCAAUGACUCACAACAAGUACAACCAAGAUGAGCCACAACCAUCACUCCCAAACACAGACACAAGGUCUGAACCAAACACAGGGUCUGAACCAAACACAGAUAUUGCAUCUGUCUCUGUAUCUGAUCUGGGUUCAGUGCCAAAGACCUCCUCCAUCCCUAACCAGGAGAGUUCUAGCUCCAAGUUCUCAUUCUCCUUCUCCUGCAGCUCUGAGAGCACCCAAUCAUCCUACUCCUUCGACACUGAGUCAGAGACUGGAUAUGGGGAACCUAGCCCCCCUGGACACCCUAGCCUGGACCUGGGACACCUGGACGGGGGCACAUCUCUGCCCCGAACCCCACGGAUCAUCCAGAGGAGGGAGAGGAAGAAGAGGAGUAGGUGUGGAGGGUGUGAGCCGUGCCUAAGGAAGAUCAACUGUGGCCAGUGUAGCUGCUGUCUGAACCGCAGGACUGGACACCAGAUCUGUAAACUGAGGAAGUGUAUGGAGCUGAGGAAGAGGAGGCCAAUGUCACUGCUCACACUAACAUCUACUCAGGUGGGGUGCAAGAACGUGGCCAAACCAGCAUUAAAGAAACCAGUUUCCACGGUGGUUCCAGAGGACAGCUCAGUUAAUGGCAGAGGCCCUGUCCAGAUGGCAGAGGACACCUAUACGGCAGCGGAGGACGACGAGGAGGGUCACAUACCUCACACACACCACUUCACACACCCUCCCCACGUCCACACUCUUGCCCCAAUCCGAGAUGGACGACCAGCAGCACUUAUCAAGAGAGAGCCUGGCCUGGAGGACACCAAUGAUGGACUUUUUCUGCAGCACCACUGCUCUUCUUCUGGGACUUUUCACAACGGUGCUAAUGAAAACAUGGCUAAAACCAACGGUGCUCAACUGAUUGCCGGUCCGGAUUCACAUCCGGUGUCACCUGAGUCCCAAAAUACUACGAUACAAUUAGAGUCCCAAAGUACUACAAAAUCCACAUACCCCAAAGGCAGCUCUGAGCUGAAGGAUGCACUUCUGGACGACACCAUAGCUGUUCCUCUGAAGAAGAUAAAGGUGGAGGAACCGUGGGUGUGGUCCAUGGACCAGUCCUCCGCCCCACUUGGGGACGAUGAUGACGAUGUCUAUGAGGACGCUCUAUCCACGCUAGCAGCCGUGGUGUGUUUCUCUAUCACAGACAGGAAGGGUCUGGAGGAGAAGUUGUGUAGCUCCCGUUCCCCGGUGCUACGCUCGUUCAAAACAGAGCCGGAGGACUUUAAGGUGGAUAUUUGCUUGAAAAGUGCUCCCAUCAGUCCACGAAAAGCUCUCGACAUUAUUGUCAAACGAGAGCAACCCUCUCCAGAUCUCUCUCAGCCAAGCAUCCAGUCUUUGGUAGAAGAGAGGAAUAUUAGCAAUGACCAGGCUAUCGCUAUCGAGGCGCUAACCUUACUGGCAGCUAUCCCACAAAACUCCCCAGAACCCUUUAGAACUGACGCACAGGGUGAAAACCCCACCACACCAUCCAUGCACUUAUCCAAUAGAAACACCCCUCUCCAGGGCUCCAACAAAGUUCUAGUGAUCAGCUCCCCUCUGCACCAGACCUCAGUCAUACGCUCCCCUCUGCACCAGACCUCAGUCAUACGCUCCCCGGUGGCCAGACAAGCUCAUGUCAUCCAGUGUCAUUCCCGUAGCCCCGCAGCCACUGGCAACUUGUCCCUACAGGACCUGCUAGAAGCCAGCUCGGACUGUGACAGACUUCCCUACGAAAGCACCGAGAGAGCAGGACAACACCUGUACAGGAGAGCAGACCAAGGCCUUGGUUCUCAACAUAACAGGGGCGAAGGCACUUUCAGACAGCGGAAAGACAUGGAGAGGAACAGCAAGGAAACAAUAGAGAGGACGGUGGGUAAGAGCGGGAGGAACAGGGAUGAGGAAGAGGUGGCGGCUCAACUUGCCGAGUUGGCGUUCAUCAUCCAAUCACGUCAUAAGCAGCAGCAGGGUUUCCACCCCUCCCAGCACUCAGAGAACAACCCUCCCAGAGGAACUCCAGUCUCAGCCAUCAAGUACAACUACAACUCCGAACAAGCACCACCCAACCACAAGAAGACCCCUGUGAAGAAACCCAGGACCACACUUUCCAAACCUAGGAAGAAGAAGGGAACGGAGGGGUUGGAAGAGGAGGGCUACAAACCCAACAACCGUACCCCCCUGUACAAACGAAUACCCAACGGCAAGACCCCCCACAGAGCAAGGGUCCAGAAGGUUCUGCCCCAGCCGAAGACAUCAUCGCUCAGCCACAAGAGGAGCCUGUUCCUACCUCAGACCCAGAUGGAUCUGAAAAGGUACCUGACUGAGGCUCAGGAGGAACGACGGCAGCUAUUUUACUACAGUAACGCCCACAGUGGGGUCAAAUACCACAAAACCUCUGGAGCCGUCGAUCGUGGUCGAAAUCAAGGUUAUGGUCAUGACAACCAACAGUGGUCGCAUUUCAACGGUCACCUGGACCCAUUACAAGGACAAGGAGUUGGACAAGGACAUGAUUGUGAAAGAGGAUUGUAUUCUCAGGUAUCGCAGCCCUACGUUGGGCAGCAGCACGGUGCUAACCUAAAGGCUAGCUCCACUAUCCCCAGUUUCACCAGCAUAGACUCUAACAACCACAGAACCGGGUUGAACCAUGGUUUAUCCAAUGGCUACUCCUCUGGGGGUCAACAGCAGGGGUAUUACAAAGUGGAGAGGUCCGGUCCGGUCACCGUCUUGUCCACGUCAGCUAAAGGCGAUUUGGAUCUAUCGGAGGAGUCGACACCCACCAAACACAACGUGAACAGCUUCCUGGAAUCGCCCCUCAGGUUCCUCGACACGCCCACUAAGAAUCUGCUUAACACCCCCUCCAAGAAACUCUCUGAGAUCCCCUCCUGUGGAUGCAUGAAGCAAAUCAUAGAGAAGGAGGAGGGUCCAUAUUAUACUCACCUUGGUGCUGGACCCAGUGUGUCAGCCGUCAGAGAGAUGAUGGAGAACAGGUAUGGAGAGAAAGGGAAGGCGGUAAGGGUGGAGGUGGUGGUGUAUACUGGGAAAGAAGGACGCAGUUCCCAGGGCUGUCCCAUCGCCAAGUGGGUGAUCCGUCGGGGCAGUGAGGAGGAGAAGUUGCUGUGUCUGGUGAGACACCGGGCAGGGCACCACUGUGAGAGUGCCGUGGUGGUGAUUCUCAUCUUGGCAUGGGAGGGCAUCCCCCGGGGCGUGGCAGACAGUCUGUACCAAGAGCUCACCCAGACUCUCUGUAAAUACGGCUCCCCCACCAGCCGGCGCUGUGCACUCAACGAGGAUCGGACGUGUGCUUGCCAGGGUGUGGACCCGAACACCUGCGGCGCUUCCUUCUCCUUCGGCUGCUCCUGGAGUAUGUACUUCAACGGCUGCAAGUUCGCCCGCAGCAAGAUCCCCCGCAAGUUCCGCCUGCUGGGAGACAUGCCACAGGAGGAGGUGAAGCUGGAGCAUCGUCUGCAGAACCUGGCCACAGACCUGGGUCCUGUCUACCAGAGACUGGCCCCAGAGGCCUUCCAAAACCAGGUGGAUCUGGAGCAGGCGGGCCAGGAUUGCAGGCUGGGUCGGAGUGCAGGCCGACCUUUCUCCGGGGUCACGGCAUGUGUGGAUUUCUGCGCCCACGCUCACAAAGACACACAGAACAUGAACAACGGCAGCACUGUGGUUUGCACUUUAACCAAGGAGGACAACCGUGCGGUGCGUAACAUCCCUGAGGAUGAACAGCUCCACGUCCUACCCCUCUAUAAGAUCUCACAGAGGGAUGAGUUUGGCCGUGCCGAUGGCCAGUGGGACAAGAUCCAGACUGGGGCCCUGCAGGUGCUGUCAGCCUUCCCCAGAGAGGUGCGUCUGCUGGCUGAGCCGGUGAAAUCAGCCCGUAAGAGGAAGCAGGAGGCCAAGCUGAAGGCCCAGGCUGACAAACAGGCUGCAGCUCAGGACAGGAAGCCUGGACAGAGUCCACUAACCCCGGGCAAGGUCAAGACAGAGAGCACCAACAAAGGUUCCAAAAGCACUUCAUCAGUGGAUCAGUCCUCCUCGUUCAAAGCAGAGCCUCAGUCCUUCUACAGCUCUUUCACACCAGGAAGUGUGGGUGCCUAUGCUCCAGAGUCUAACUCCCCUAGCCCUUACCACCACAGCACUCCCACCUACCCCACUCCUCCAGGAAGAUCCACCCCAGGGAUGGAGGCUCUUUCCCCCCAUCGUCCCGGCAUGCCUUCCACCCAGUACGGAUACAGAGGGCCACUAGGGGCCCAGUGCAAUGGUUCCCCCCUCCAUUAUAAGACAAUGGGAGAGGCUAUAAAUGGUUACUCCCCAGGACUCAUCAGAAAGCAGCUGGCGAACACUGAGAGAUGUGGGACACCUGGCGACUACCCCCCCAGGACGUUUAAAAUGGAACCCAACGAGGUGCACUGCUCCCCUCUCGUCAGACCCCUCCACGGCCACAGUACUCCUCCUCCAUCCUCCUCCUCCUCCUUCUCCGGCCCCCUCCCAUACCCAGAGGGCCUCCACAGCAGACUCAACGGACUCCCCAGGGCAGCGGAGGAGAUCGGGGACGGGGUUAAAGGUCAUGGAGGUCAUGACCUCCCCCACUGUGCCCCCCAUCCCCCUCAUCUCCCCCACUGUGCCCCCCAUCCCACUCAUCUCCCCCUUCAGGCCACUCCCCCUCUCUUCCCCAACCCGGAAGAGGUCAAACAGGAACAGGAAGAGGUGUGGUCAGACAGCGAGCACAACUUCCUGGACAGUGACAUUGGCGGGGUGGCGGUGGCUCCCUCCCACGGUUCCAUCCUGAUUGAGUGCGCACGCAGAGAGCUCCACGCCACCACCCCCAUCCUCCGACCCGACCGCAGUCACCCCACCCGCAUCUCCCUGGUCUUCUACCAGCACAAGUCCCUCAACGAGCCUGACCACGGCCUGCACAUGUGGGAGGCAAAGAUGGCCCGGAGGGAGCGGGAGAGGGAGGAGGAGGCUGAGAGGCUAGGGAUGGGCCUGGACCUGGAAGAGGUUAGCCCGGUCAAGGGGAAGGGGAAGAGGGGGAAGGGGGCCGGGGCUGAGAGUGUGGAGCCUGAGGAGGAGGUAGAAGAGGAGGGCCCGGAGGAGAAGAAAGGGGUGUUGAAGGUUCCUACCCGGCAGGCGGUGACCGUAGCGCGGGAUGGGGUGGUCACUGUGUCCCCUUAUGCUCUGACACAGGUCACGGGCCCCUACAACCGCUGGACAUGAUACUGUUAUGUACACACACGUACACAAGCACACACUCACUCACAGACACAUACAGCGAUUACGUUUUAACACACACACACACACCACCCUGUGCUACUGCCUUACCUCAAUCAACUUUACACUUCUAAUCUCCUUUUUCUGUGUUAUUUCAUUGUGUUACUUUUUCCAAACGUCUGUCUGUUUAUUUUUGUUUCUCUUCGUCUCUGCUUUCAAAGGGAUGAGGAAGAAUAUCGUUUGUGGGUUUUUAACUGUGACUUUUAGUGUUUGGUGAUGAUUUUUGGGGUCUGUUUUUUUCAUGUAAAGAGAUGGUGCUCAGAACCAAUUUUAAAUACGUUUAUAAACUGGUUUUAAAUACAACUUGAUUAAUAAGAACAAACAAGAUGUGAUUAUUUAUUCCGGCCUAUUUUUAAAAAACUAUUUUUUUAUUUUAUUUCUUGAUGCAAGCCUGUUUACUGCAAUUUUGCUGUCAUCCAGAAUUUUACACUAGUAAACACUCAUGUCAAGUCUCUAUGGUCUUUGUUUCAGCCAAGAGUGCUCUUUUCACAAAAGGAGUUUUAUCAAUGAUUGAUCAUGUAAUGGUGCCAUCUGUAGCAGCAACUUUCGAUAAACACACCACAUAUUACACAGUAUGUCAGACUAGACUACACACAUUUACUCUAGUUUUAUGUGAAAAUAAUGUACCCAUGUAGCAUGGUGCUUUUCCUUCUCUUCCCGUUCCUCUAUUGGUGGUCAUGAAGGAACUUUACUACCUUGUUUUGGGCUGGAUCGUUUUUGUCUUUUUGUUCAACGUACAGAUAGAUAUGAUAUGAUGACAUAUUGAAAAAGCACUUUUUUAUUUUUCAUAACUUGAAAAAGGUCCCGUUCCAAUAUGUACAGAUAGAGAGAUAUAUCCGACAGCUUGUUUGAAACCUGUUCGUUCUUUUGUUGUAGAAUGAUUUAAUUCAACUAUGAAUUUGUAACAUUAUAAAUUACAUAUCAGUCUCACAAAGAAAACUGGCUUACUAAGCAAUUAUGAAAUGCUGCAUAUAAAGAUUGUGUCAGAUUAUGGUGCUUGUUGUCAACGACACUUAAUUUUUAUGAAUCUGGAUAACCAUGUAUGUUCACUGAAGACCUGGGUUCAAAUACAUGUGUAUUUGAGUAUCUGGUAUUUAAAAUGCUUUUUUCUGUGUAUUUGAGUAUUUUCAAAAUACACAGCCCAAAAUAAGUACUUUUAUUUUAGUAUUUUAAUGGUUGAUUGUAAAAACCAAAUUGAUAGUAUUUUCAAAUACCUGGGUUAAAUGCAUGGGAAUGUAUUUGCAUCAGUGUAUUUGAGUAUUUUCAAAUACUUUCCAAAUUUCCAGAUGCAACUACUUGUCUUUUCAAAUAAUUACUUUGAAUGUAUGGGAAAGUAAUUGAGAUAUUUGAAAUAGCAUUUUAUUUAUAUAUUUUUUGAAUUUUACUCCCUUUUCGUGGUAUCCAAUUGUUAGUAGUUACUAUCUUGUCUCAUCGCUACAACUCCCGUACGGGCUCGGGAGAGAAAGGUCAAAAGCCAUGCGUCCUCCGAAACACAACCCAACCAAGCCGCACUGCUUCUUAACACAGCGCGCAUCCAACCCGGAAGCCAGCCACACCAAUGUGUCGGAGGAAACACUGUGCACCUGGCGACCUCCUUAGCACGCACUGCGCCCGGCCCGCCACAGGAGUCGCUAGUGCGCGAUGAGACAAGGAUAUCCCUGCGAUGCAGCGAUGCACUGCGAUGCAGUGCCCUAGUCCACUGCGCCACCCGGGAGGCCCAUUUGAAAUAGUAUUUUAACCCAGGUCUGGUUUACUGUCUGAACUUCCAGAGUGUUUUAAAUAGGACGUGUCUGUUUUUGAUACAGACACAGCUAAAAAGACCACAUAAAACCUGUUCAGAAAUGGCGACCAUAUUACUGUAUGUUUCUUACAGGCGGUGACAGCAUCUCUAUCCUCUCUUUUUAACUGACUAGGGCAUUGAUUGGCACUUAUGUUUGUCCAUAUACUGGGUAUAAAUACAUUAUACAAGUGGAGAGAAAACCAACCAAACCCUUUGUUGUUUCUCAUUGCCUCGUCUUUACUCUUUGGGUGAAGCUGCUCUGACAGAAUAAAACACUCCUCAGAUCAUUUCAGCUGCUGUUACAGUGUUGAAAUGUUGUUAAAACGUUGUUUACAUACCAUUUACAUAACUGUUUCUUAACUCGUGUCAUUUCAGAAAAUAACGGUAAUAUUCAGAGAGAAUUUUCCAAUUCAACCUUAUUCAUUCAAAUUUAUUUGAAAAUCCUGGAUAGAAGGCUAUUGAAAUAGAACCUAGCUCAAUGCUGGUGGCAUGCUGUUCUAGGGUCGAAAUGUACUUACUUUCUGAUGGUGCUAACUGGUCACAAUGUGAUGCUGCGCUGACAAACGCCUGUGUUUAUUCUAGGGGUGAUGUUAUGAUGCUUUUUGCAUGACUAGCAUUUGCUGUUUCCCUUCUGGAUGGGCAUGCCAUACCUUUGUGCUCUACCGUCUCUGUCCUGAAUGCAUUAUGUACUACAGUACUUCAAUCUUGUCACUGGUCAACUUGAACAGAGUUACAGAGUAGCAUCAAUUCUCUGCAUCUUUUCAUCAUAAGUUCUAGGUCUAUCGCAUAUUGAGUCAGACAGUAGACCUCUGCGGUAUACAAUAUAAACCUGCUUUGAUAGGGGCAACCAUGUAGGGUAUUCAUCAAUGCUCACAUUAGUCCAUCAUAACCAUGUAAAUAUGGGCCCAUUCACUAAUACUGCAAUUGAUUAGGCAUCUGUUGUAUUGAUCUGUCUCAGUUAUAUGCUGGAUCUAAUGCAGCUCAAUGCAGAUAAAGCACAUUUCACUGGUGCUUUCAUUUGAGUAAUACACAGAUCUGGAUAUAUGUUUUUUUAAUGUCUGUGAUUUUUCUCUUUGUUUCUCAGGUGUGAGGUUGUUCAUUUACCCAGGCUUCAACCCAAUUAGGGCACACACAGUCUCCUAACACAACUCUCUUUCUUCCAAUAAUGUUGUCAACCGCUUGACAAAAUCAAACCAUAUACUUAGAUUUUUCUUCUGAGAUAAAUGUUGACACAUAGAUUGAAUGCAUUUUAUACAAAGUAGCUGCAGUACAUAUAUAGUCUAUUACAUUAUAUUGAAUGUAGGCCGUUGCAAGUUAAUAAUGUGGUAGAAAACAGUCACUUUAAAAUGUUUCCAGCUUUACAUAAGACAGUUUGUAAGAGAAUAAACUUUUGUAAUUGUUUCACUUGAAGAUUUCUUGGUUCUACCAUUAUGUGUGACUUGAAAACUGUGGUAACCUACAUGUAUAUCAAGGAGGAAAAACUAGCACCAGCAUUUUAAAACACAAAGGUUUUUAUUGGAAUAAAACUGUAUAAAAUACACAUUUCAUGUGGAACUGACAGUUUUACUGUACUAUUCAUGGUUUGUAGAUAACAGUCUUGUUAUUUUGCAACUGAUUGACAAAAUGACUGUACAUAACUAAGGUGUAUAUCAGUUUUGAGAAAAUACUAAAUUCAGCAUUCCUGUCAAUGGCUACCCCCUGGUGAAAUAAAGAUGUAUUUAUAUUUUGGA